AUGACGCUGCUCGCGGCACUGCACAAGGCCCACAAUUGCGACCCAUGGACCGACCGCGCACUGCACGCCUUCGUCCUGGACGACGUGCAGAUUGGAUUUGUGCAGCCGCGUGUUCUUGAUGCUAUCCGCCAAUUUCUGCGCGAGACGCUGUCGGACGUGCUCGUAAUUAAGGAGGAUGGUGCACACGAUGUUGUGACAUUGGCGCACGGCACGUCGCGUGCACAGCGUACAGCGGCUAUGAGCGCGCUUGUGGCUUGGAUGCGUGCACGGCGCAUUUUUCCUGAUCCGUUGGACGGCUGGCGAGACGAGCCAUACGCAGUAUACGCGCGCGCGCACGGGUCUGCAUCGCGUUCGCACGUUGCAUUUACACUCGAGCGCGCGGCUUGUGCGCUGUUUGGUUUUGCCACGUUUGGUGUACAUCUCACGGCGUAUACACCCGACGGGCGCAUAUGGGUAUCGAAACGAUCGCGUACCAAGCAAACGUGGCCGAGCUACUAUGAUAAUUCCGUUGCUGGAGGAAUUAUUGCGGGCGAUGCGCCCAUGGCGUCUAUGAUUCGCGAGUGCUACGAAGAGGCGGGACUGACAGAGGAGCAAGUUACGCCGUAUAUCAAGCAAACUGGCUGCAUAAGCUACUUUCACAAGACAGACGCGGGAUGGUACCAGCCCGAGAUGCAGUUUACCUACGACCUGGCGCUGCCAUCUACCGAGAUUGUCUUGGCACCUGUCGACGGCGAGGCGGAGUCGUUCGAGCUGCUCGACAAGGACGCCGUCCUGGAGCGCGUGGAGACGUUGGAAUUCAAGCCGAAUUGCGCGCUCGUGGUGGCAGACUUUUUCGCUCGCCACGGCAUGCUUACGUUUGAGAACGAAGAACACUAUACCGCAAUCUUAGAGUGCAUUCACACGCCCUUGCGCUUGCCUACACCGUGA